AGGAAAGAAAAGAAGCAACAGGGGGAUGCCAUAGAAAAAAAUAAAAGUGAUGGUGAAAGCAUUAGCGACGGUGGUUUUCAGAUAUGUCACUAGAAGUAUAAAUUUGUUUCACGAGCGAUGCCUGAUUCUCGAGAACGCCACUCCAUUUUCCAGAAUUUCCACGCUCUUUCACUUUUCUCUCUCAUAUAACCCUGUAACCAACCAACCGCUAUCUCUCUCUCUCUCUCUACACGACACAAAAGAAACAGUCUAAUCUACAUACAAAAUUCCCAACUUUUUUUCUUUGUUUAUUGAUGACACUGAAAACAACAUCAUUUCUACCUUAAAAGCCAAGCAAGAAUAACAGAAGAAACACAACUUUUACAUAAUCCACUCAAUCCUCUCAAAAGUAAAGAAAACGACCAUCACCACUCACAAAAGUGAAGAAAAGGAAAAACAGAAGUCUUCUUUAGCCCACCUUCCCUUUGGCCACUUCAAUACUAAGCCAAUAUGUCUCAUAUUUUCAGGGAUAAACCGUUAGGCAACUCCAAAAGACAUAACAAUAAUAAUACUAAUAUUAAUAUUUCAACUCCGACCAUGCCAAUUUACCCAACUCAAGGCCUCCAUUCACCUUUUAGCGACGCUGCUCCCAAUUUAUCCAAUUCGGAGCUCCAAGAAUCCGCUUACGAGAUUUUAAUUGCUGCUUGCCGGAGCUCCGGUAGUAGGCCUUUGACUUACAUCCCUCAAUCUGAGAGAAACGGUGAAAGGGCCGCUCCGCUUCCUGCUUUGACCCAUGCGCCGUCUUUGCAGCGCUCGUUGACUUCCACGGCCGCUAGUAAAGUCAAGAAGGCGUUGGGGAUGAGGUCGAGUUCGAUAAAGAAGAGAAGCGGCGCCCCCGGCGCUGGUGGGGAGGUGGCGAGCGUAGGGAGAGUGAAGAAAACGGUGACGGUUGGGGAGUUGGUUAGGGUUCAAAUGAGAGUAUCCGAGCAGACUGAUUCGAGGAUUAGGCGAGCACUUUUGAGGAUUGCUGCUGGUCAGCUUGGAAGGCGGGUAGAGAUGAUGGUUCUGCCACUGGAGCUAUUGCAGCAACUCAAGUCAUCCGAUUUCCCUAAUCAACAAGAAUAUGAAGUUUGGCAGAGGAGAAAUUUGAAGCUUUUAGAGGCUGGACUUCUUUUGCAUCCUCACCAACCACUCAAUAAGUCUGACAGUGAUCCACGGAGGCUCCAGCAGAUAAUUCGUGGGGCAUUGGAAAAACCCAUUGAAACUGGGAAAAACAGUGAAUCCAUGCAGGUUCUCAGGACUGUAGUUAUGUCUCUUGCUUGUAGAUCAUUUGAUGGGUCUGUUUCUGAUAGUUGCCACUGGGCGGAUGGGUUUCCUCUGAAUUUGAGACUCUACCAAGUGCUUUUAGAUGCUUGUUUUGAUGUCAAUGAUGAAUCCAUUGUUAUUGAAGAAAUUGAUGAGGUUUUAGAACUCAUUAAGAAGACUUGGGUAGUCCUUGGAAUUGACCGGAUGUUGCAUAAUCUCUGCUUUUUGUGGGUUUUAUUUGACCACUAUGUUGCAACUGGCCAAGUUGAGGAUGACUUAUUGCUUGCUGCUAAUAAUCUGUUGCUCGAAGUUGAAAAAGAUGCAAAGACAACUAAGGACCCAGAUUACUCCAAGAUUUUGAGUUCCAUAUUGAGUGCAAUAUUGGGCUGGGCGGAGAAAAAGCUUCUCAGUUACCAUAACAGUUUCCAUAGUGAUAAUAUUGAAUCAAUGCAAACUGUUGCUUCUGUGGCUGUUGUGGCAGCAAAAAUCCUGGUAGAAGAUAUUUCUCAUGAAUAUCGUAGAAAAAGGAAAGAAGUUGAUGUUGGCUUUGAGAGGAUUGAUACUUACAUAAGGAAAUCUUUGCGAGCUGCUUUUUCUCAGAAAAUGGAGAAAGUUAAGUCAAGCAAACAUUCAAGACAUCAGCAGACUCCACUUCCUAUUCUAUCUGUGCUUGCACAAGAUAUUAGUGAACUGGCUUUUAAUGAGAAGGCAAUAUUUAGUCCAAUACUCAAGAGAUGGCACCCUCUUCCAGCAGGUGUAGCCGUAGCCACCCUACAUUCUUACUACGGGAGUGAGCUGAGGCAAUUCAUUUCGGGUAUCAGUGAAUUGACACCUGAUGCAAUACAAGUGCUGUGUGCUGCUGACAAAUUGGAGAAAGAUCUUGUGCAGAUCGCAGUUGAAGAUGCAGUGAACAGUGAAGAUGGUGGAAAGUCAAUAAUUCAAGAGAUGCCUCCUUAUGAGGCUGAAGCUUUAAUUGCUGAUCUUGUGAAGUCGUGGAUAAGGACAAGAGUUGACAGGCUGAAAGAAUGGGGUGAUAGGAAUCUGCAACAAGAGGUAUGGAAUCCACAGGCAAACAAAGAGCGAUUUGCUCCUUCUGCUGUUGAAGUUCUACGAAUAGUUGAUGAAACUUUAGAAGCAUUUUUCCUAUUGCCAAUACCUAUGCAUCCGGUCUUGCUUCCAUACUUGGUCUCUGGGCUUGACAAAUGUCUGCAAAGUUACAUAUUGAAAACGAAAUCUGGCUGUGGGACCCGAACUACUCACAUGCCUACUAUGCCUGCGCUGACUAGAUGUGCAGCAGGUUCAAAAUUUCAUGUGUUUAAAAAGAAGGAAAGGCCACAUGUAGCCCAGAGAAGGAAAUCUCAGGCUACAAAUGGGGAUGCCUCCUGUGGGAUUCCCCAGCUAUGUGUACGUAUUAAUACUCUGCAGCACAUUCGCAUGCAGUUGGAUGUUUUGGAAAAGAGAACAGCAGUUCAAUUAAAGGACUCUAAAUCAUCUCAUACAGAUGAUUUUAUUAAUGGGAUGGGGAAAAAGUUUGAGCUUUCAUCAGCUGCUUGUGUGGAAGGGAUCCAACAACUCUGUGAGGCAACCGCAUAUAAGGUUGUUUUUCAUGAGCUAAGUCAUGUCCUUUGGGAUGGCCUGUAUGCUGGAGAAGUUUCAUCUUCUAGGAUUGAUCCUUUUCUUCAGGAGCUUGAACAGUAUCUGGAAAUUAUUUCAUCCACAGUGCAUGACAAGGUCAGGACACGCGUUAUCACUGAUAUAAUGAAAGCUUCCUUUGAUGGGUUUCUAUUGGUUUUGCUAGCUGGAGGUCCUUCUCGAGGUUUUAGUCUGCAGGAUUCUGAAAUGAUCGGGGAGGAUUUCAGGUUUCUCACAGAUCUGUUCUGGUCUAAUGGAGAUGGAUUGCCUACUGAGUUGAUAGAUAGGUAUUCAACCACAGUUAAAAGUGUUCUCCCUCUGUUUCGUGCUGACACUGAGAGUCUAAUUGAGCGAUUUAAAAAUCUUACUCUGGAGAGUUAUGGAUCUUCUGGUAAAUCCAGGCUUCCAUUGCCUCCAACUUCUGGCCAGUGGAAUCCUACUGAACCAAACACCCUAUUGAGAGUUUUGUGUUAUCGAUGUGAUGAAACAGCUGUGAAGUUCCUGAAGAAGACUUACAACUUGCCUAAGAAACUAUAAGAUCCUCGGAUAGAUAUCUAUAUCUCUCUCUCUCUCUCUCUCUCUCUAUAUAUAUAUAUAUAUAUAUAUAUAUAUACAUAUGAUGACAAGGUGAUGGAAUCCUCAUGUGAAGACCUGCUGUGAAAUGAUUGUGAUGGUUUUGCUGAUAUUUUAUGGUAUCAACUUGGCAUCAAAAGCACCAUUAAAACAUGGUUUUGGUAGGUGGAGCUUUUGUUAGUGACUGAUCUCGUAUGGAAUAGGAUACAGCUCUUGUAUAGCGUAAUUUAUUGGUUUGAUAUAAUUGUUAGAGUUCAGAUCUUUUUAGCAAGCAGUUAGUAAAAAUUUCACAAGAUUGCUGCUGUUGCUCCUUCAUUCAGACGACCGACAACUCUUAGGAAAAUACAGUUCUCGAGGAGGAAGAGUGCACGGAGGCGUAGCGUAUUAAUUAUUUGAUGCUCAGCAAGUAGGAAUCCUCCAUUUGUAAUGUACAUGGUGAGACUGCUUGGCUUUUGUUUUUCAGAUUUUCUAUUUUUAAUAUUAUACUCGCCACCCUCUUUUUUCGUACAUCUUAUGCUGACUGCUGGGCACAAUUACAAAGAUGAAUGUUUGAUGAUUGAAUUAUGAUUGACUGAGAGCUUCCUUUUUUUUUCUUUUGGAGUUUGUAAGAUUUACCCAUAAAGAUGAAUAUUUGUAAUGUAAUCAUGAUAAAUAAAUCUGUGAGCUUUUUUUUUUU